ACGCGCGAGCGAGCGAGCGAGAGCGCGCCAUCGAAGAGCAUACUGUCCCAUCAACCUCCGCCCCUCAGACAUGCUACUGUCAGACUGUGCCUUUCACGGCCAAACCUCUUAAAACAGAGGACACCUGGCCGAAAUAUCAUCCGAGCGUCGGUGUGUGUAAAUGUGGUUGCGAUAAACGACAACACUUCCGCGCUUCACAGGAUCUGUUUGCUGGCGUAUGUAUGGGAGUGAACCAGGCAGCGCAAGGAGUGAAAGAGGAGGUUUGAUUUGUCUAGAGGCACUCUGUGGGAGGAGCCAUGACCGAGGGGGAGGGACAGUUUUACAGCGUGCAGGUGGGCGACUCCACCUUUACGGUUCUCAGGAGGUACCAGCAGCUCCGGGCCAUCGGAUCUGGUGCCCAGGGUAUCGUCUGCUCCGCUCUGGACACAGCCUUUGGCAUCCCAGUUGCUGUAAAGAAACUAAGCCGGCCGUUUCAGAACCAGACCCAUGCAAAACGGGCCUACAGAGAGCUGGUUUUGCUGAAGUGUGUUAAUCACAAGAACAUCAUCCGUUUGCUCAACGUCUUUACACCUCAGAAGUCACUGGAAGAGUUCGAGGAUUUGUACUUGGUGAUGGAGCUGAUGGACGCCAGUCUUUGUCAGGUGAUCCAUAUGGACCUGGACCACGAGAGGAUGUCCUACCUGCUCUACCAGAUCUUAUGCGGCAUCAGACAUCUACACUCCGCUGGUAUCAUUCACCGGGACCUGAAACCCAGUAACAUAGUAGUGAAGUCCGAUUGCACUUUAAAGAUCUUAGACUUUGGUUUGGCCAGAACCGCCUGCACUAACUUCAUGAUGACUCCAUAUGUUGUGACCAGAUACUACAGAGCACCGGAGGUCAUCCUGGGCAUGAAGUACAAGGAGAAUGUUGAUAUCUGGUCGGUGGGCUGCAUCAUGGGUGAGAUGGUCAAAGGGAGCGUCAUAUUUCAGGGCACUGAUCACAUUGACCAGUGGAAUAAGGUCAUUGAGAUACUAGGAACUCCUCCUCUAGAGUUUAUGAAUCGUUUGAUGGAGACCGUCAGGAACUAUGUGAUGAACAAACCCCAGUUUCCCGGAGUCUGUUUUAAUGAGCUGUUUCCCGAUUGGGCGUUUCCUUCAGAGACCGAGCACGAUAAGAUCAAGACUAGUCAAGCACGGGACCUGUUGUCCAAGAUGCUAGUUAUCGACCCUGAGAGUCGUAUCUCUGUGCAGGAGGCCCUCGAUCACCCCUACAUCCACGUGUGGUACGACCCAGCCGAGGCUGAUGCGCCUCCUCCACAGAUAUCAGAUAAGCAGUUGGAAGAGAGAGAACACAGCAUCGACCAAUGGAAAGAGCUGAUUUAUAAAGAGGUGAUGGACUGGGAGGAGAGGAACAAGAAUGGGGUGUUGAAAGAUGAAUGUUUAGACGGUACAGUGAACAGCAGCUCCACAGCCUCCCAGUCCUCCUCCAUCAAUGACUUCUCAUCGAUGUCAACAGAGCAGACGCUGGCUUCGGACACAGACAGCUCCUGCAUCGACACCCUCACAGGAGCGUUAGAGGAGUGACAUCGAGGUCCUCCACUCAUCUCCUUGCAUACACCACAACCCUCUUGAUCAUGUGUGUGGGCCAUGCCGUGGUCUUGACUGAAGAUAUCUGGGGGUGCAUGUACAAGUGGUUUCAAGUUUACACUCUUUACCCUUUACUCCUGCUUUUAAUGGGACUGCGUUUUAUCUCACCUGACAAAAACUCAGCAAAACCACCGUUAACUUAAUUCGUAAGUUGUCCGUUUAACUCCAUCUCCAGUAUUCUUUUAGAUUUUUUAAAUAUAACUCCCUUUCUGAAUGGACAGGAAGUGCAAUCACAUUUCAGUGCCGUCUUUAGUCGUGUAACCUAUUUCAAGAGCAUGCAACAGAUCUAGAUUUAUCCUUUAGUCAUUUAUGUCCUCUUUCUCCUUCACUCUCUCGCUCUCUUUGAUGUAGCUUUUAUUGCCUUUCAUUUCAUCACCCAAAAGAAGCACAGAUAUAAAUUCACAGACAUUUAUAGCUAGGCACUCCCUCUGGAACAAGUUCUUGUCACACAAGUAUUGCUGCAUGCUAAUCCCGAACACUUACUAGAUAAGUGGUGUAACUACAGAUCACCGACGUAUGCCACACACCUAGACACAACGGUAGCAUCUGCUUCUGACUGUAUGUAAUCACCAUACAAUGCGUUAAACAACUCAACUGUGCAUUUCAAAUGGGUAGGGUGUAGUCAUAUGUACAUAUACGUAUAUAGUUUUAGUGUAAAUGUUCUUAUUGUCUUUUUACAAAUAUGCUUUUGCAUAUGCACUGUAACACGAACGAAUAUGGAUGUUGAUUAAAUAGUAAAUUGCACAUGGAUAUCAAAACGAAUCCAAAUCUGUAAGAGGGAGCAGCGGAUGUGAUGUUAUUCCUGCUCCUUACCAUUCCAAAAGUAAUGAAUCACCGCUGGCACGUUCACGACGCAUCACCUACGAUUGUACGCAUCAUGUUUAAUUGCAUGAGCUAAUGCAAACCAUUGCCUUUAUAACCUCCUCAAACUUGAAAAGCCCACAAGAAUGUUGUACGAAGCAAAUUUAUUGUUUUGAAUGUCCUCUCAGACAACGACUCAUUUUAAUGUUAAUGUGGAUUAUCAAGGACAUAUUUUUUUACACUUCGACUGUCUGUUUUUGCCUUUGGUUAGUGUGCUUGUGUUGGACUUUUUGGUCAACAACAUGCCAUAGCCAAACCGUGUGCAUCUGGUCAAUAUAGCAGGUCCACGUUGAAUCUGUGCCUGCAGAAACACUAGUCAUUCGUUAUGUUGUACACAUCAUGGCGUCAUUUGUUAAAUAUUUUGGCUAGUUUGUAGUGGUCAUCCGAUUAUUUGACCCUGGUCCACAAAAAAUUGAGAUCUAUACAUAAUCUGAAAUAUUGUUUAAAAUAUUAUACGUUUUUUAUUAAUAUGUGGUUUGUUAGGACAGGCUAAUAUUUGGCCGAGAUCCAAAUAUUUGAAAAUCUGGAAUCUGAGGGUGCAAAAAAUCUAAAUAUUGAGAAAAUCACCUUUAAAGUUGCCCAAAUGAAAUUUUAUUGUAUUACUAAUAAUACAAUAAUUUUUUUUAUAUAUUUACGGUAGGAAAUUUACAAAAUAUCAUGAUCUUUCCUUAAUAUACUAAUGAUUUUUGGCAUAAUUUUUUACAUUUUGACCAAUACAAUGUAUUAUUGGCUAUUAUUACAAAUAUACCAGUGCUACUUAUAACUGGUUUUGUGGUCCAGGGUAACAUUUAAAGGCUAUUUAAUGGCCGAUGCCAAUAUUGAGAAAGCAAUGCAGCCGAUAUUACACAUAUGUAAUUAAAGUAAAUGAGUGACAAACAGAAAAUUGAUGAGGCUAAAUUAACAUUAUGAAUAAUAAUUUAAAAAAUACAAAUUUCAGCCGAUAUACCAGGCGCUAAAAUAUAUCACUACUUAUUCGAUUAUGUUUUCAGCUUCAAAUAAUCAUAUAGUUGUAAACUAAGGGGCUGAUUACACCAAAAGCGUUUAUGGCAGUUGCAGGCGCCUUUUUUGAAUGAUAUUCUAUGGGCAGUAAGCGUUUGCGCGCUGUUUAUGCCGCCAGCCGCAGCAUGUGCUUUUGAAGCGGAAACGCGUCGGACGUCAUUUGCGUCUUUCCAUUGUCCAAUCGAAUGAAAGGAGAGGCGGGCCUUUCAUUCUGGUGACGGAGGUUUACAGUUGUUUGGAUCAACCGGACUACACUCGCUCACUUUCUCCUGCGUGUUUGUGCACCUUUCAUCCUCAAAAAAGGUCAGAGCAAGCGCCCUCUUUUCAAAGUUUCUGCUAAUAUGACAGUUAACAGCAAGAGAGCGCUCACGCUUCAAUAUUUGAUUUACAAGACAGCUGACUCGGUGGUUGCCUCCCAAUAUAAAAAGCCACGUUGCACUGCUCUUU